AUGCCUUGCUCGACGGUACGGCCGACGGCGACGGCGCUGGCGGCAGAGGCGCUGGCCGAUCGUUCGGCUACGGCGGAGGCGGCAGAGCUCGUCCGCUCGCAGUCGAGGCCGGCGGAGGCGUCUCGCGCGCUGGCCCGAAGAGCGCCGGCCGUGCGAGCCGAGUCAUCGCACUUGACGGAGGCGAAGCCUUGCUCGACGGUACGGCCGACGGCGAUGGCGCUGGCGGCAGAGGCGCUGGCCGAUCGCUCGGCUACGGCGGAGGCUGCGGCAGAGCUCGUCCGCUCGCAGUCGAGGCCGGCGGAGGCGUCUCGCGCGCUGGCCCGAAGGGCGCCGGCCGUGCGAGGCGCGGCAUCACGCUCGAAGACGAAGGUCUUGACGGAGGCGAUGCCUUGCUCGACGGCGUCUCGCGCGCUGGCCAGAAGGGCGCCGGCCGUGCGAGGCGAGGCAGCGCACUUGACGGCGAUGCCUUGCUCGACGGUACAGCCGACGGCGAUGGCGCUGGCGGCAGAGGCGCUGGCCGAUCGCUCGGCUACGGCGGAGGCGGCAGAACUCGUCCGCUCGCAGUCGAGGCCGGCGGAGGCGUCUCGCGCCGCAUGGACACCCUCUGGGGGCCCCGCGCCAUACCCAGAGCAAGUUCGCCAGCGAUAA